AUGACAACGAAACGAAUCGCAUUUAAAUCUUCGAAACUAUCCUCUGCAGCAGACCAGCUAUGGUCAGCUAGUAAGAAUGGUUUCAAGGCGGAUGAGAAAAAUAUAAAAUUGGAUCUUGGAAAAACGCUUGCUAAGGAUAAACCGGAAAGGAAUGCAAAUAUAGAGACCGUAAAGAAUACUGGUGAUAGUUUUAUAUUUGGCUCCAAAUUAUCCGAAAAAGUUAUUAUCAACAAUGGACAGGAUAAUAUGCGAGAACAAACUACUGCUUUUACAAGUGAACAUACCGCAGCAAAAAGUGAAACCAAAUGUGAUGCUCCGAAAAGUGUCACGGAGGUAUUUGAAGAAAUCAAACAGAAAGGAGCUUCAUCAUCCUUUAUUACCAGUCAUAAAGUAAAAGAAUCAGUUGCAGAAUUAGAGGCAACCUCCGCUUCAUCGAGUUCAGUUACUAACGAAGGUAAUUCAAUUAUGCCUUCCGAGAAAACUGAGUCAGUUCCACCAAAACUGGAUGUUUUUACUGGUGAAGAGGGUGAAGUAAACAUAUACCGCGUAAUGUGUAAAUUACAUUCAUUUGAUAGUUCAACAAAAUCAUGGGUAGAGCGUGGGAUGUCUUGCUUACGCAUUAAUGAACGAGGUGAAGAACCACCUUACACUUAUCGAAUCGUUGGUCGAGUAAUGGGCAAUCAAAGAGUAGUGCUUAAUUCACAGAUAUUUCCUGAUAUGAUCGUUGAAAAAUUGUCAAUGAAACGGGUGAAAUUCUCAGCCACAGCGCCAGAUUCAGAAGUUCCUACACUUUUUCUUGCUACAGCAUCUGAAUUUGUAGCCGCACAACUUUAUGGAACUCUCUCUCGAAUUGUGGAAAAUAAGAAAAAAGAAGCAACACGUAAAAGGAAAAUUUCAGACACAGUUCCAGAGGAAGAUAACAUCGACUCUACUGCAUCUAAAAAAGUACUGGCUGAAAAUUAA